AUUGGUGGGAACUUCUGGGGCCUUUGCUUUGCUUUAGAAAAUACCAUUAGUUUGAUUUUGUCAGUGUGAAGUACAAGCUUCAACUGAAACAGAGAAGUUUUAACAGAAUUAAAAGCAGUUUGCAAUUCAUCAAAAGCUUUUACCAGAGACGAAGCACAACAGUAAAUAAUGGUGUCAUCAGCAUAAAAAUGAAUAUUUGCAUUUUUAUCAAGAUUGUUUAUAUAAAUCAUAAAUAAGAGGGGACCGAGUACAGAGCCCUGAGGCACACCGUUACAGAUGUUGGGCCUCAUGUAUUCAGAUAGAAGACAAAGGUAGGCCUAACACAGUCGUAAAAACCUAACUCAAGCCCUCACAUACCAAGUCGUAAAUCUUACUGAUAAAAAUUGCGCCAAAAUCAAACAAAGCGAGUCCAAAACAGACUACAAAUCCCCUGAAGCCUUGCUCACUAAAGGAUCGAACUCUCAGCUCCUAUUGGAUGAGGCACACAACAGAAUGUCCCGCAAACCAUGACAUCAUCAGGAGUAGAAAUACCUCUGAAAUGCUUCCAGGAUUUGCUUCCAGCAACUUUGUUCGCAGUGUAUAGACGCAGCUCAUCGCUGCUCUCAGGUGCAACCUCGUGGCACAAGGAAGUAACAUCCGACUUGAAACUGUGGCCAUACAAUCUCCAUCUUGCUGGACGAGUUGAGAUUACUCUGUGUUCAGCCGAACACACUAACGGAUCCGAAGGAGACCGCCGAGCAAUCCGCAUCUUCAUCCGUUUGCCUGCAGAAGUGAAGAGAUUAAAGAUUUCUCUUCCAUCUUCAAUCAAGUCGACAUUUCUGAGUUCUUCGCCAGCCCGCCGAGAAUCAGCAGCCGUACCGCCCGCAGACAGAGUGAGGAAAUGGCCUCCUGUCAUCACCCGAGCCUCAAGGAACCGGGUCAGAGUUAAAGGACGGAUGAACACACAUUCUGCAUCCUCAUGCGAUUCAAUGUGAAGAUCGCAGCUGGAGCUGUAGUGUGUGUGGAGAGUGAGAUCAGAGGUGACGUCACUAUCGGAUCCAGAACAGUGGUUCACCCGAAAGCGCGGAUCAUCGCGGAGGCCGGACCGAUCGUUAUCGGCGAGGGAAAUCUGAUCGAGGAACAAGCGCUGAUCAUCAACAGCUAUCCUGAAAACAUUCUGCCCGACGCAGACGAUGUGGAGCCCAAAACCAUGAACAUCGGUGUCAAUAACGUCUUUGAAGUCGGUUGCGUGUCUCAAGCUUUGAAAAUUGGCGACAACAAUGUCAUUGAAUCGAAAGCUGAAGUUGGCAGGAAUGUGAUUUUGUCGAGCGGUUGUAUAGUCGCCGCAUGCUGUCAGGUGAACACUUGUGAACUGAUUCCAGAAAACACUGUGAUCUUCGGCUCUGAGUGUCUGAGACGCGUUCAGAUGGAGAGACCGCAGCCUCAAACGUUGCAGCUGGAUUUCCUCAUGAAGAUUUUGCCCAAUUAUCAUCAUCUGAAGAAAACGGUGAAAGGAAACGCCACGCCAGCGAGGAGCUAAAAAUAUUAAAACACAUAUUUACUUUCAGCUGUUUUUUCUGUUGUUAUUCUGUCAACUGCACACAAUGUAUUACAAUUUCUUCUUGCUGUUUCGUGAUGUAUUAAUAACACAUUAAAUCCUGCUGAAGAUCUGA